AUGGCAGCUGAUGAUGACGACGAAUUGGCAACAGGUCACAACGCAGAGCAGGGUACCGUUUGGGUUUGUUCUUCAAAUCUAGAGUACUGUAAUCUUAAAUAUGUAGCCAAGAAUGCUGUAGAUGGAGAUAAUAGCACAUGUAUGAGGGGCGAAAGGAUUUACCGUUCUUCUGAUUGGUGGCGAGUGGAUCUAGGAGAUAUUCAUAGUGUUUAUAGUAUACGAAUUAUAUUCAGGAACUACAGCGAGCUUGGAGAUUAUGAAUUGAGACAAAGGGGGCGUUUUGCAGGAUUUUACCUGUUUUUAACAAAUACCAAAAAUUUAGUCGAUGGAAUUUUAUGCUAUAAAGACGGGCCUGAAUUACCCCCAUUAGACUUUAGUACAACUUGUAUUGGAUAUGGUCGAUUUUUCAUAUUUUACAACGAACGCUUUAGUGGGAAAAUUUAUCCAGAGGGAUACACUGCUGAUAUUGUUAACGAACUCUGUGAGGUGAAUGUCAAAGGUUGUUUUAACUCAAAUGUCUAUGGUUCAGAAUGCAAUAUUUCCUGCCCUGAGAAUUGCCGCGAAAGCCGAUGUCAUAUUGUGAAUGGAACAUGUUUCAAUUGCAAGGCUGGGUGGAUAGAAGAUACCUGUAAUAAACCAUGUUCUGCUGGAUUUUACGGAGAUGAUUGCAAAUACCAGUGCAAAGGACAUUGCAAAGAUAACCUUCCUUGUAACCACUCGACCGGAGAAUGUGACGAUGGUUGUGAUAAUGGGUGGUCAGGAGCUGACUGUAACGAAUUUUGUCCUCUCGGGACGUAUGGUCCAUAUUGCUUAAACAACUGCAGUGGAAACUGCUGGAAUGGGGCAUUCUGUAACAGAGUGACAGGGAAUUGCGAUAGAGGAUGUAGCCCAGGCUAUAUUGGAGAACGUUGCCAAGAAGAAUGUUCACUUGGAUAUUAUGGAAAAGACUGUUUAACCAUCUGCACUGGUCACUGUGAGAACAAUGGAACUUGUCAUCAUGUUGAUGGAAUCUGUCUUAAUGGAUGUGAAGAUGGAUACUUUGGAAAACACUGUAACAAAACUUGCCCUGUCGGUUUCUUCAGUAGAAAUUGCUCUAAUAUGUGUUCAAAAAACUGCAUAGAUGUAUGCAGAUAUAAAGAUGGUGUAUGUUCCUGUGCUCCUGGUUGGAAAGAUACACCUAACUGCAGCACAGAAUGCUUACCUGGAAAAUAUGGAAUUAACUGCCUAUACAAAUGUAGUGGUCAUUGUAAACAUGGCGAUAUUUGCAGUAGAUUUGACGGACACUGUCCUAUGGGAUGUAUGGACCCAUUUUUAGGACUAAUCUGUGACACUGAGCGUAAAUAUGAAGGUACGUCUUCAACAUGCGCAUCAGGGACGGGGCUUGCUAUUUCUAUUGCUUUGAACGUCACAGGAAUUAUAGCAUUUGCUACAUUGUUUAUUUUCAAAACAUCAUGCAUACUAAGAUUGCAGAAAUUGAACAACAUCAGAGAGAAGAAAACAGUUGCUGCUAAUAUCAAUUUUAGAAAUCAUAGUGAAAAUAGUACUUAUAACGAUCAGGAUCAGUAUGAAGAAGUACAUGAACAAGAAGACAAGAGUCCAUAUGAAUGUCUUCCGCCGAUAUGA